CUCUCUGGGUCCAUCUAAAAAGAUAGAGCUGCCAAGAAAGUGGAAGGGAAUGAACCAGAGGAUAAAGCACCCUGCUGUGGGAAGCUUGGCAAAAAUGAAGAUGGUCUCGGCGCUGCUUCUGCUGAGCACCCUCCUGGGUACCCCCGCGAUGCCUUCCCAGCGCCCUUCUUGUUACAAGAGGGCCCUCAAGGACCACAACUGUCACACCAUCCCUGAAGGCAAGGACAACCUUCGACACAUCGAUGAUGGUCUGCAAGAUCACUUUUGGGAAGGGAAGGGCUGUGAGGUGAUCUGUUACUGCAACUUGAAUGAAUUGCUCUGCUGCCCAAAGGAUAUUUUCUUUGGACCAAAGAUAUCUUUUGUGAUACCCUGCCAGAGUCAAUGAUUCAAAUCUGCAAGUGAAGACAAGAGACCUGAUUCUACAAUAAUAUAAUGUUUUCAAGGGGAAAAACAAAACCACUACCACCAAUAAAAAUUUCCUUUCUAACCACAAGUCACUGCCUCACUUUACAGUGUAGAAGGAAUUUCCUUUCUAUACCAUUAAGGAAUAUCAAAUACAUAAGAAGUAGGUAGCUGACCUAAUUUCCAUAAAGCCAUUUCCAUGGUUUAAGAGACUGUACAAGCUCUUAAUGUAUCCUAAU